CUUAUAUCCAUUUAACUCUUCUUUAUUACGACCCGCUCCUAAUGCUUUCGACCCUACGACAAUGAGUAGACGACGCCCAUAUACGGAACCCGAUGUUGAUUGAAGAUAUGAGUAUCCUCAAAUUGCAUUUAAGUCUUCUUCUUCUACCCGUUGUAUCGAUCAUGCGUUGCUAGAGUGUUGGCCUCCUUUACCUAGCAAUUCUGCACCUAUCUCCUGCCUCUCUUUAUGCUUCCCGUACCUCACUGUCACUGAAGUUCUUUGCAAAAGGUGUGUCAUGAUGACCUUGAGCAGCAUAUAAAUGCAUUAUUUUUAUGGCCGCGCGAGACUUAUGCCUAUGCCUAUCACAUAUUAAAGAUGUAAAUGUAGACUGCGCAGGUGGUCCAGUAAUAAUGUCUACCAAUCAGCCACAGCCUAGAGCUAGAAGUUAGAGGUUGUAAAGCAGGGGCUAAUAUGAGUGGAGAAGUGAGGAUCGACGCCGGAGCCGCGGGGUCAACAGACGGACCACGAGCACGAGAAGACGGGUCUUCUGGCAGAUUUCUAGGUCAACAGACGGAACAGUCUCCACGCUACAUACAGAGAAAUAUAGGUUGUGAAAGUGCACAGCAGGAGGUCAAUAGAAGACGGUCCUCGAGUGCGGAGAGUAAAAAAAUAGGAUUUAAGGAGAGGGACGCAGGCGUGAUAAACAAUUCGGAAAAUGAAGAAGUUUCUGGCUGUCAUCGAUACUCCUCGCGCCGUUUACCGCAACCUCAGAGAGAUGUAGUUGGAAGCAGACAUCCCCCACCAAGGUCAUGGCUGCUGAUCCUCAGGGAGGACGGGAGACAAAAAUUCAGGAGGAAAAAACGAUAUUCAUCGAAGCGCAUGCUCAUCGAAGUCGCGAAGAAACACGAUUAUUAUAGUCCUAUCAUGUUUCCAGUUCCACGGCCAUUGUCAAGGCUCCGAGUGAUCUCGAGGAAAAGAAGAAGAGGAGCUCCCACGGAGGGUGCUGGAGCUGGUCUUACGGAUGCCCCUCCCAUUGUUGAUACGGUCUCGUCGACGAAAGAUCGUGAUAUAGGCAUGGCUUUGGCUGACAUUGACGAACGGGGAACUGCUGGACGCUAUCCCUCCUCCGUUUGUUCUAGAGUGACGUUUUUGGAAGGCUCCCAUGAGGCACCACCCGCUGAAGGCCCCCAUGAGGCACCGCCCGCCCGCGUGGAGCAGCCUGCUGCUAUUGGUACGGGAAAAUACAUUUUCGGGAUAUUCGCUCGAGGCAACCUUCUUGGUGGGGAGAGUGCCGUGGACGCGGAUGGCGCAGUUCCGGACGACAAGCCGGACUUGCCCGGAGCAAAGAAAAGAAGUACCUCGUCAAUAUCGCACAUAACGCCACAAGAAGAAGAAGACGAACCGGAUUUCAUCGGCGGCCCAACCAAGCGAGUUUCGUCCGGUACAUUAUUCUUACAAAGUAUGAGCAAGAAUAAGGGUCGAGAUGGCGGUAGCGGCGGGAUUUUGCAGCGAAGUGCGAAGUUGGUCUCGCGGAUGAGCCUUUAUAAAAAGGAUGCGGAGGAUGCUGAUGGCUCUGGUGCAGAGGAAGGUCCUGGAGGUGGAGCAAAACCAGCAAGCGCCAACUCCGCGACGAAGCUGCCGGGCUUCUUGGGACGUCGAAUGGCUUCGGGCAUGGGAAAGGAGCUCAUCGGGGCUGACGGAAAUGCGCGGAUCGUCGUGGGUGAACGGGUGCCGCGCGUGCCGAAGAGCAUGCGUGGAGCAGUUCGGGCCUUCCAAAACCUGCGCUCGAGCGGAAACGAAUUGGGGCCCGUGGCUUUGCGCGAAGACCAGGAUGAGGCACCUUCCCCGCGAGAGCCUUCCUCCACUGCCACUGACACAGCAACAAGCGAACUAAAAAUGCGGCAGGCAGCAAGCGCGUUCCGAAGCGCUAACAGCACCCUCGUUGAGGAGAGGGACGAAAAAGCUGCAGCAAAAGAGGAAGCCCUCAUUCGCAUGGCCAGAAUUAUGAAUAUGCAACAGGAGAAGCGCAGAGAAGCGAGAAAAAAGAAGCGAUUUCGGUCACAGUCGCUUUUCGGAUCUGGAGCGACGAUGCUGGCAGACAAAAUUGAGUACAUGGAGGAGCUCACUGUGGCCACGGUACACAACUUGUUACAUUGAUCUUCACAAGCAUAUUCUUAUAUAUAAUUGACAUUGUCAUUGACAUUAUUUGAGAUGGUGAUGAAGCACGCUUUUGCUGAGGCUCGUGGUUUAUUCUACAUUUACAUUCGCAGGGCCUGUUUAAACACAAAUCAGAAUUAGUAGUUGUUCCUGAUGUAACAAGUAGAUUUUCUUGCAAAGCCAAAAAUUUUUUGCAAAUUCGAGCGAGGUCAUGGUCAACAACAUUUACAUCGUUAAACAGUUUUCAUUCAUUUGUCAAACCUACAGGUAAAUCAUUUGUGGAACCAACCAUGGCGAGAUCCCAGGGGUAGCGUCGGUUGUUGGGCCUACUGGCCUGUUUUCCAUAACGAGAACACUUCGCGGCAAAUUUGGUCUGUCCUCUUUGCCAUUCCCCUCCUCUAUAUCGCAACCAUCUUUCCCUACCGUCUUGCAUUUGUGGAACUCCGUGUAUCCCCUGAGUGGCCCUUUGGCGAGGUGGACGACGCCUCGGUGGAGGCUUCCUCGAAGGGGGCUAGAGGAUGGGAGUUUUUUGACUAUGUCGUGGACGGAAUUUUUUGGGCCGACUUGAUUCUCCAAUUUUUCUUUGCGUACGAAGGAGUAUCAGGGGAGCUCAUCUCGCAUCCGAAAAUGAUCGUAGAAACGUACACGAAAACGUGGUUUUUGCCUGAUUUCAUCGCUUGCUUGCCAUCAGAGCUCUGGACCUGGCUCGGUUCCAACCUGGGACGUUCGAACAAAAUGGUGCGGGUGGGUCGUCUCUACCGGUUAACAAGGCUCACCAGGCUCGGGAAGCUCAUUAAAAUCUCUUCCUUAGCGAAAAUCACCAGAGUAGCCAAGAGCAACCCAAUUAUUUUCGCCCUCAUGCAGAAAAUCGGGAAGUCACGCAUCCUCGUCAUCCUCCAGAUGCUCAUAGGACUCUUGGUAUUUCUUUAUAGAUGUUGGAAUUGUGAUUUUUCUGACCAACCACGAGAAUGAACGACAAGCAACAAGAACAACUGAAAACUCAACAAGUGCUUGCUGAUUGUGUACUUGUUGUAGAAUGUUGAACAACUCAAUUUUUAAGAUUGAAUAGAAAAACAAAAAGAAAUCAAUUAGUAGAUGAAGUAAUGACCACGAAACUUGUCGCUCGCCCCCCUCUUAUUUUCCAGGCGUUGUCGCAUAUAUUCGCUUGUGGAUGGUAUUUGGUAGCAGGCUUUCACGAUAAUCCGGUGGAAACAUGGGUUUGGCGGCGCACGAUAUUCGUGUCGGACAAUGAUAGCGGGAUGUCUCACGAGAUGAGGCUUGUGGACGCGCCGCCCGGUGAGCAGUGGAUGCACUCGCUGUACUACGUGCUAACCGUGUUCACCACUGUAGGAUUUGGUGACAUUGCGCCUUUCACAAUGGGAGAGCUCAUUUUCACGCAGAUCUUGAUGUUGCUCGGAGCGAUCGUGAACUCGAUCAUCAUUUCCGAAGUGAUCCACGUAGCCACGCGCACAGACAUCGUGCGCAACGAAAUUCGGGACAAGUGCCAAGCCGUGGAGCGGUUCUGCGAGAACACGAAUUUGAACAUGCGAACGCAAAGGGUAUUGUCCCACUUUGCGGAGGUCCACACGAAAACGAAGUACGCAGACGGUCGCGACCUGAACCAUCACGGGGGAGAAUCCGUGCAGUGGCGAGACUUGGUCGACAUCGCGGAGGCCAUGGACGGGUCUUUCCGAAACUCUAUCGUCAGGCGCGUGUACGGCGGACUCUACUAUGAAAGCAAGCUUCUUGCGGACUGCGACCGCGGUCUCUCGCCGGAAAUGCGUUCUCUUCCGAUCGUCGUGGCAGGUUUCUUAGUCCAGCAGCGCUUCUCACCGGAGGAGUACCUCUACAUGCUGGGAGAACAGCCGAAGGGAAUCUGGCUCGUCAUGACGGGCUUUGCAUCCCACGUUGCGGUGCCUUCAGACCUUGGCGGAGUGCACAAUGUGCGCACAGUCUCCACUUUACUCAAAAUACCCAACGCAGCUGCGCUGGUUAGAGACAGGUAUUAAAUCUAUAUUUUGCUCAUGGUCUCGAUCUCGUGUUUUUGUUGGAAAUUGUAUGCUAUAACGAGCACUUUCUUUACAUUCAUACUAUAACGCUGCCAUGAUGUAGAAUUGUAUAAAUUUCUUGUCGAUGGAUUGAAAACCAGCACGACGUCCUUCUCCUUCUCGACCAGGUCGUAUCCUUACAACGUUCUGGGGCCGCGGAACUACGUUGGUGAGUGGGAAGUCCUUUAUCCGCGCGAUCGAGCAGCUUCUUGUCGCGCAGAGACGGACGUUCUCACAGCCUUCUUGUCCCGCACAAGUUUUGUGACCAUAUGCCAUCGAUUUCCAAGUCUAGCGGAGAACCUGAAAAGCAGAGCGCAAAGGAAAGAGCAGCGACGGCGCGUAAACUUCGGAAACCACCGUUACACGCAUGACUUCGAGAAGCUUAGCGCGACAAUCAUAUCGGUCUGGUGGCGUGCUGUGGUACUUUCUGAGUUCUGACAUCCUUUUUAUCCUCGUGAUUAAUCUUCAAUAUCAGACCUUGUUGUUAACAAAUAGUAAAGCAAAAGGCUGGCCGUCGUCGUUCUACCUCAGGAGCAGCAGGAGCAGCCGGGAAACCGCUGACAUUCCAGCAGCAUAGAACUCGCCAGGGAAAUCUUAGGCAUAUUGCCGAGUAGAUUCGCUUCGUCGUCAGCCCUUGUUGUUGUUCCAUUUACCACCAAGGAGAUAGUGCGGAAACGUGAACUCCUAACAAACAACUGCGACGUCGAGGAAGCGCGUCUAUUUUGAUUCAGUCAUGAUAAGAUAAGGAAUUUUAUUUGCAAAUUAUACAUAGUUAUAGAAAUACAACGUAAGAAAUCGUCAUCUCUUACUCUUCCACUUCCACCCUCUCGGGCGCUAUUGCAUUCUUCCUCCAACAGACCAUUCGGGCGCUAGCGCAUCGCGUGUUUUCUUCCGUCGGUACACUGUUGCAGAGCAGAGAUGUGUUGAACCCUAAGACGGGUUUGAGCAGGUGGCAACGAGCCAUGGUCCGCGUGUGUGUUCGUGCCGAACGUGUGAGGGAUGUGACGGUGAGCGAGAUUAUGCACGAUUACUGGUCGGUCGUCCGCCGCGUGGAUGACGAAGUGUUCACGCGGAGCGGCGCCUUACGCCCGAACGCGAAGACCACGGGUAGCAUCAUCAGGCGGCACUGCGAGGAGUACGAUAAGGAAGGAAAUGCCAUAGACUUUCGGACCAAGGUGCAACUUUCGGGCAACGAUUUGUUUCUGGAUUCCAGGGCGCACGCAUCCAGUAGCACGACGAGCAAUGCCAAGGGCUUUGCAAACUACGCGAGCGCGUCCUUUCUCGACCUGCCUGGUGAUCCUCCACCAUCUGGUGUCGUUAGCGGUAUAGGUAUGACUGGCGGAGCAGGAGCAGCUAGAAGGCAUCAAGGCUUUCUGCGCAAUGAAAGUUUGAGCAAUUCAGAUCGCGAUUUCGAUGGUGGUCUUCAACUAGACGUGGCCGACAACUCUAUUGGAGGUGUCGCUUCAACUAACUUCGACAACAUAGCCUCACAUAACUAUAAUAGUGCUCCCUCAAUGAUAGCUCUUAGUGGUCCUCCGAGUUCGACUUCGACUGGUGCAGCGGGAGGAGCCCAGCACAGCCUCUACAACAAUAGGCGAAACCCCUCGACAAGUGCCAGAGCCUUUCCCCAUUCCGGCAACACGCACCUGGAUCGCUACCUCAUGAGCAACUUUCGGAAUCUUCGUGGCGACAGUGACGCACUUCGCGUAAAGCUCAACGAAAUGUUCCGCAUGACUCAGGAUCUCUACUUCGCAAACUUUGGACGGGAAAUGGGUUAGAACAAAUAUCAAUCGAAAUAUAACUCUAGAUGAAAUGAAGUCCUCACAUUAAAUCAUUUGUGUGGUGGAUUUUUGCAGCAUGCCGUUAUAAAAAUUGAACAAUAUUGCGUAUACUUACUUAUUCCUGCACCCUCCUGUUUUAGAAAUCUCAUGAGUCCUUCGUGUACAUGCUAACCCCAGAAAAUGCAAAGCAACCUGUAUCUAUUCUACUUAUGUAGAAAGUGCACUUAUACUUGAAUAUAUUCAUCUCAAUCUCCACAACUGUGAUCCUCUUUGUUUUUGAAAUUUGAAAAUGUAUACUUCUCCUUGUCUGUCAGUCUUGUAUAUUGAUUUUUAUGCAACGAAGCGACUCGUAAUUUGAAUUUCUUGCUUCUUAUUCACUCUUGUCAUAGUUCGAUAUAACAAGUUUUAUCAUGAUUCCUUUGUUGUAUAGAUUUAUCGGUUUUCUUUUCGACGGACUAUCGUUAUUCUGUCGAAUCGAUCCUGAAGCCCCUUCUCCAUUUACCAGGAGCGUUCUAUAGCAUGAAAAUGAAAUGGCAGCUUUAUUUGGGAUUAAGAAUAAUCCAUGAGGGAAAUCUUAGGCAGAUUGCCGAAUAGAUUCGCAUCGUCAUUGAUAAGUCAGCGCAUUCCUUGGAACAUUAUUGAACUGGAAUUGGGUUUCGGGAUAUCGAUUUGUUCAGAUACAGUAGGUAUAAGCAACAUCUGCAUAUUAAAAGAUAUCCUGAUUGUUCUUUCCCGCCUGUAAAGAAAAUACAUGAAUGCUUUUUUGUACCCAUACACAAAUCAAGGUGACACAUGAGAACC